AUGGAUCUCCAGAAGCAAGUUGGCCAGUUAUUUGUUGUAGGAUUCCAUGGCUACACACCGAGCCCGGAGAUCAAGACCCUGAUCCACGACUUCCAUAUUGGUGGCAUCAUUCUGUUCUCUCGAAACAUUAAGAAUGCAGCUCAAUUACAGGCGCUCACACGAGCUCUGCAACUUGAAGCACAAUCUGCAGGCCAUGCCCAGCCACUGUUCAUCGGUAUUGACCAAGAGAAUGGGCUGGUUACCCGCAUUUCACCUCCCAUUAUCCAUCAAAUUCCAGGUGCAAUGGCAUUGGGUGCGACGCAUGAUCCCGACAUGGCCUACAGAGCAGGUAGAGCCACCGGUGAACUCUUGAAAUUCUUCGGGAUCAACAUGAACUAUGCACCAGUCUGCGACAUCAAUUCAGAGCCGUCGAAUCUAGUCAUUGGAGUUCGUAGCCCAGGCGAUGAUCCAGAGUUUGUCGGGAGAUUCACGAGUGCCACAGCGCGGGGCUUACGUGAACAGAAAAUUGUCCCUAGUGUGAAGCAUUUUCCUGGACAUGGCGAAACGGCCGUGGACUCACACUAUGGACUACCUGUUAUUUUGAAAACGAGAGAUCAGCUUGAACGCUGUGAGCUCAUUCCAUUUCGCCGAGCUGUGGCGGAGCAGAUCGAAGCAGUCAUGACUGCGCAUAUUUCUCUUCCAAUGAUUGAUGAUCAAUUCCCUGCUACACUGUCACCCCGGGCCCUGGGCGUCUUGCGUAACGACAUGAAGUACGAUGGAAUGAUCAUCACGGAUUGCCUCGAGAUGGACAGUAUUCGCUCAACUUUGGGCACCGAGCAAGGAUCCGUGCUAGCCUUGCAAGCUGGAAGUGAUAGUAUCAUGGUCUGUCAUACGGCUGAGAAACAGAUCAGCUCGAUCAGAAAGAUUUGUGAGGAGAUCGGCUCCGGCAAUAUUGAUUCCUCCCGCCUAGCCGAUGCAGUUCGUCGUGUCACUCACGUGAAAGAUAGAUUUCUAAAUUGGGACGAUGCCGUCCGGCGGGAGAAACUUGAGGAACUCGAGAGUUUGAACAAUCAAGUCCUGCCAUUCUGCAAGGAAGCCUACGACAAGUCGGUAACCCUCGUCCGUGAUGAUGCCUCCAUAAUUCCUAUACCAAGAGCUGCCAAUGUUGUGCUGCUCUUCCCAGGUGACAAGACCCCAGCCGGUGGUGCAGUUGAUGGGGAGGGUGAAAACCGACAGGGACUAUACGAGGCCUCGGCCUUUUGCGACGCCCUUCGACAUUACAAUAGCUCGAUAUUCAAGAUUGAGUAUGAACAGAAAGGGCUCAGCAAUGAUGAAUGGACAACUAUCACUGCAGCCAACACUGUGAUCUUUGUCUCGAUCAAUGCUCGAGAAUCUCCAUAUCAAGCAUCAAUGGGCAAAUUGAUUACAGAGAAGUGUCGAUCCGUGGUCGCUGUUGCUAUCUGCAAUCCUUACGACUUUCUUGAGAUACCAGAAGUGCAGACAUAUCUGACUACAUACGAGCCCACCAUCGAGGCUUUCUCGGUGGCUGCCGAUAUUAUCUUUGGUGCGAAGACUUCCCAGGGAUCGCUCCCAGUCAGCCUCGACCGGACCAAUUCCACGCACAGUGACUUGAAAGUGACACGUUUCGUCGCCGAGAAGGACAUGAAUGAGGUCAUUUCUGCGUGGGAAAAGUCACUGCCCACAUAUGUGGUACCCCCAGAAAGCCUGCGAUCUCUCAUCGACAAAUCCAACGGGCACCACCAUGUUGCUCGCAUUGGAUCCGAGCUCGCCGGCUUCUGUCUUGCCUACACCAGUGCCAACAGAGGACCAGAGCCAGUGCAUAUUGCCGUUCUGGCCGUCAUCCCAACAUUGCAUGGCCAAGGAAUCGGGACAGCGCUCUUGACCGAGACGCGCUCGUACUUUCGGACACAAUUUAACAUCAACCAGCUGAAACUUGGCAGUGCCUUUCCCCGAUUCUGGCCGGGGAUUCCCCGCGAGCUUCCCGAAUCGGUCCAGAAAUUCUUCAUCCAUCGUGGAUUCCGGUUGAGUCCCCCCGAAGCGAGAUCUCUUGACCUCUACCAGGACAUUCGCAACUUCCAGGCACCUGAGAAGUGUAUAUCGCGUGCAAGAGCUGGCGGAUUUCGAUUUGCACCACUGCAGCCCGAGGACUACGAGGCCUGCUUGAUCGGCCAACGAAGGAACUUUUCAGACAAGACCGACUGGGUCCAGGUAUAUGUUACUCUGCAUCCCAAGGACUACCCAGACUGCAUCAUGGCGGCCUUUGACGCCGAGGGCAAACAAGUUGGAUGGACCUUGAUGUUGCCUCCUAUCCCAGCUCUGAACCACGUCUGGGCCUUCCCACAAAUCUGCGGUCCUCGCACGGGGCUGAUUGGGUGUGUGGGGGUGGAUGCCUCACAUCGCAAAUCUGGCAUUGGAUUGGCGAUGCUCUGUCACGCGAUUGAGAAUAUGAAGCAGAGAGGCAUUGAGGGGGUUUUUGUCGAUUGGGUGGCACUAGACGGAUGGUACGAGCAAGUUGGGUUCCGUACAUGGCGUAGCUAUCGACCCGGGGAGAUCUGA